AAAUAAUUAGGGUAUUGUUACAAGAUAUAUUUAAAUAAUAAUAUCAACGACAUCACAAUAAUAUUAAUAGAUAAAUUAAUUUUUUUAUAUAAAUAUUUAUCAUCUUUUCUUUUUCCUUACAUCCAUUAUUUUUCAAAAAAUGUGUACACAAAAAAUCGUUGCGUUUUUUUCACUUUUAACACCAUUUAUUUGGUUUACAUGGUUAACAUAUGUCGCAAUUUUACCAAUGUGCGCAAUUCUAGGCCGGUUGGUCUGUAUGGAGUGUUUAUCACGCGCUUUGUCAACUUUUUUCAAUUCUUCUGUCACCUUCUUAACUUUUUCAAUUUCCAAUUAUCUAGGCUUUGCCCUUCGCUUUUUUCGCCAUGAUUAUCGCUAACGUACUUGUACUAUUCCGCUUAAUAAAAAAAGGUGUGAUAUCGAUAAAUCAUAAAAUUAUGUUAUUAUUUAACUGAUCAUACUGAUAAUCUUCAAUAGCAAUCUACAAUACAAGCACAGACGAUGGGUAAGUAGUAUAUUGCGGUAAUGUUAUUUAUUCAACAAAGGAUUAUUUUUCACUUUUUUAUUGUUUUCUUAGAUUGUUCACACCUACUAGAGA